AUGCCCGAGUCCCUCACGGCCCUCCGCGGAAGAUCGAUCACAGAGUCCACUUCUGGCCAUGACAUUAUCAGAAUGGUAGGCGUCGGUGGUCACAGCAAAGGCUGCAAGACAUGCCGUCGUCGACGAGUAAAGUGCGAUGAGACCAAGCCCACCUGUACUCGCUGUCAGAAGGCGGGAUAUAAAUGUGACGGCUAUGUUCAGUUUGCUGAAUUCAUCGAUGUCACGGCUCAAGUGUCGCACAAGAGACAGUCGAAAAGGGACUCGACGUCCGCCACCAGCACUCCGUGCAGUCCGUCUGCAGGGCGGAGUUUGAGUGCCGGAGGCUGGAAAUUAACCUCCAGCUCCCAGAGCUCGGUAAUUGGGUUACCUGUGGUUUCUAUCUCGGUCAAUCCCCCAUGGGAUGAGCAGUCUCAUUUCACUUCUCAUCUCGUGAACAAGUUGUUUACUUGGCACGAAAAUAGCUCCUCGAGGCAAUCCGCAGCGUGGAUUGACGUCUUGCUGCAAGGCCCGCAUGAUGAAGCUUCGUUGUCUUUCUCAUCCGUAAAUGCCUUGGCGACAGCUUACAUUGCAAAAAAUUCAUCGAGAGCCUGA